ACCAAUGAGGUGACUGCCACCAACAAACAGCCACACUACAGGAAGCCGUAGCCUCCGGUGAUAAAUAAGAGACCCAGAAGCACAGGAUGCACGUAGGACGAGCUCGGCGGGACGAGGGGAUGUGAGUCGGCGGCCGACGAGUCCCUUCUGUCCGUCCGUCCGUCCAGCCGGCGGGAUGGCCAUCGCCUGGCUGCUGCUGCUGCCGCCGCUGGCGUUGCUGGUGCCGGGAUCCAGCGGGGAGCACGCCGAGGUGGUCUGCGCCGGCAAUGCCUGCUACACCCUUCACCGGGCCGAACUGGGCUGGCACGGCGCCCAGGAACGCUGCCGGCACAACGGUGGCAACCUGGCCCCCGUCCGCAGCCCCGACGAGGCCGAGCGGUUGCGGGAGCUGCUGGUGGCGGCCGGCUGGCCGGGCCCGGCUUGGAUCGGGCUGUCGCUGGCUCGGGGACACUGCGUCCUGCCACAAGAACCUCUACGGGGCUUCUCCUGGGUGGCCGGCGGGGAGCCCGGCACCUACUCGGCGUGGCUGGCCGAGCCGGCCGUCACCUGCCUCAGCUCCCGCUGCGUCAGCCUGCGCAUGGACGAGCCGUCGGGCACCGUGGGCUGGGCUGACCGCCCCUGCCGGCCCCCGCUGGCCGCUUUCCUCUGCAAGUUCAGCUUCCGAGGCAUGUGCGGGCCCCUGCCGCUGACCGGACCCGGCCGGGUCAGCUACACCACCCCCUUCGGGGUUCACAGCCCCCGGCUAGCGGUGGCUCCCUUCGGCACGCUGGUGGAGGCCGACUGCGAGGAGGGCGUGAGUCCAGCCUUCGCCGUCUGCAAGGAGCCUUUGGAGGGAGGGGGUUUCGCCUGGCACCCCCCUGGACCCCUCUGCCCCAUUGCCUGCUCCCACCGCAACGGAGGCUGCCAGCAGCGCUGCGUGGAGACGCCGGGGGAGCCCGCACGGUGCGCCUGCCACCCGGGCUACACCUUGGCCGAGGACAUGGCCUCCUGCUUGCCCGAGGACACUUGCCACCCCAACCCGUGCCAGGGCACCUGUCUGACCCGGCCUGGUGGCUUCGAGUGCAGCUGUGGGGCCGGCUACACGCUGGCACCCGACGGCCGGAGCUGCCUGGAUGUGGACGAGUGCCUGGAUGGGCCUUGCCAGCACGAGUGCCACAACACACCUGGCAGCUUUGUCUGCCUCUGCCGGCCUGGCUACCGGCCAGCGGGGCCGGGUGACCGCCAUUGCCACGAUGAGGAUGAGUGUGCUCAGCCUGGCAUCUGCCCCCAGCUCUGCCUCAACGUCCCCGGCUCCUUCCACUGCACUUGCUUGCCCGGCUACCAGCGCCAGCCUGGCCACGGUGAUGCCUGUCUGGACGUGGAUGAAUGCCUCCGGGACCCCUGCCCUGGGCACUGCCGCAACCUGCCUGGCAGCUUCGAGUGCCUCUGCCCAGACGGCUUCCUCCCAGAGGAGGAUGGGCACGGCUGCCGCGCUGCGCCCGCCGAUGGAGACAAGCCCACAGGGGCUACCAACAGCACCUCACGGACCACAGGCGUCCCACGAACCACCACGGGCAUCCUCCGGACCAUGGCCAUCCCACGGACCACAGGUGCCCCGCGGAGCACGAGCAUCCUCCAGACCUUGGGCAUCCCCCUCGGGGUGACGCCGCCGCCAGCCCCCACGGCCGUAGGGUCGGCGCCUGGCGCUGAGCACAGCAGCGAUGGCCCCAGGCUGCUCCUCUACUACAUCCUGGGUAGCCUGGUAGCCAUCCUCCUGCUGCUGGCCUUCGCCCUGGCCCUCGUGGCUUGCAGGAGGAGGGCAGCCAAGCAGGAGAAGCGGCCGGCCAAAAACGCGGCGGAUAACUACUGCUGGGUGCCCGAGCAGGCGGAGAACCGUGGGGCGGGCGGCGAGCGCAGGUAACGGCACCCCCGGGGCAGCAAGGAGGGCGACAGAGAGCCAUCUGUUUGGAAAUUAACAGGAAAAUUAAAGAGGGGGGAGGGGGCUCUCUGUUCGACACGGGUUUGCACGGCCAAGAGCCUGUCCUGGGGUUCUUUGCCAAGCAGGAACUUCUCUUCCCCAUAAAGGCAGCCCCGGUUGAGUCCUGGGGUUUAUCAGCCAGCCGAGGGAAGGGUUAACAGGGAUGGUGCUCUGAUGUUGGGAUGGGGGUGAAUUUACCUCCCAGGGCUGCCCUUCAGCUCUGCACAAUCUCACCCUGCUUGAAACCAGCAAGUUCUCCAUUUUGCUUUGUCUUCCUGAAGGCAAACAGAUAAAAUUUGACUUGGAUUUGGCCUCCCCUACCUAUACUUGAAAUGCCAGCAGGCAAAAGCAGCAGCCUCCCUGCCCUCUCCCUGCAGCUCCCCCAGUCCUUUGCCACCCCAAAAGCAAUGCUAGCCCCACCCCACCUCACCUACCGGCUUGAGUUCAACCCUC